AUGGUGCAAUACUUCGACGAGAUACCGCCUAGUCUAGCCAAAUGGAUCGACAAGCAGCAGGUCUUUUGGGUUGCGACCGCGCCUCUGUCGGGGGAUGGCCAUGUCAAUGUGUCUCCCAAGGGUGGGGAUGGCAUGUUUCAUAUUGUCAACGAGCGUCAAGUGUGGUAUGAGGAUCUCACAGGAAGCGGUGUUGAGACCAUUUCGCACCUCCGCGAGAACGGGCGCAUCACUGUACUCUUUAACGCGUUUGAAGGGCCCCCUCGUAUCGCGAGGCUAUAUGGAAGAGGAACCGUCUACGAGUUUGGGACACCCGAAUUCGACACCUACAUAUCUCCAGAGUCGCGCAAACCCGGUACGCGCUCAAUCAUCGUGGUAGAUGUGUUCAAGGUUGGGACGUCCUGUGGCUAUUCUGUUCCUUUCUUCGACUUCAAGUCGCAUCGCACCCGACUUUUGACCUGGGCAACGAAUAAGGAACGUCUUGACCAGCAGCAUGACGAGUCCGGGAAGCCCGACGGAGGUCUCGUGGACGGACUGAGACGAUAUUGGAAUACCAAAAACAUGCGCAGUCUCGACGGCCUGCCAGGCCUCGCUGUUGCACCGUACACAGAACAAAAGUUUUCAAAGAGAGAUGUUAAUUUCAAGCCCGACGAUGAAUCAGAGCGCACCCAAUACGCCAAGAUAUUCCGCGGAGCAAGCUUUGUCAAUAUUUUGGUUGGAUUCACGAUGGGUGUGGCGAUGACGAGCGUAUAUGUGCGUAUGGCUCGCUCAAGUUGA